AUAUAUAUAUAUAUAUAUUAAUUUAUAGAGUAUUGUGAAAAGGAUAAAACAAAGAGUAGAGAGAUAUGGAAGGAGAUAAAGGAACAGUGUGUGUGACUGGAGGUACUGGGUUCAUAGCUUCAUGGGUCAUCAAGAGCCUUCUUCAGGAGGGUUACUCUGUUCGUACAACUGUUAGGGCUGAUCCAGAAAACAGAAGGGACCUUAGUUUCCUCACAAGUCUACCAGGAGCAGCCGAAAAGCUGAAAAUCCUGAGUGCAGAUCUUAGUGACCCCAACAGUUUCGAUGCAGCCAUUGAAGGAACCAAGGCAGUGCUCCAUGUUGCCACUCCUGUCGAUUUCCAAAACAAAGAAUCUGAAGAAGCAAUAACUGAGAGGUCAAUAAAUGGAGCAGUAGGCAUCUUGAAGGCAUGCUUAAGAUCAAAAACAGUGAAGAGAGUUGUAUAUACUUCAAGUGCAUCCACUGUUGUUUUCAAUGGCCAAGAAAUGGACAUGAUGGAUGAGAGUUUCUGGACUGAUGUGGAUUUCGUUAGACAAAAAUUAAGCCCAAACGCACAUUCUUACAUUAUUUCUAAGACAUGGACAGAAAGGGCGGCUCUUGAAUUUGGUGCACAACAUGGAUUGGAUGUGGUGACAGUGAUUCCUAGUUUUGUUGUAGGCCCUUUCAUAUGCCCCAAGUUCCCUGGUUCAGUGCGCACAUCAUUGGCUCUGGUCUUAGGGAACCAAUCUGAAUAUAGUUUCCUUCUGAAUUUUUCAAUGGUGCAUGUUGAUGACGUGGCAAGGGCACAUAUAUUCCUGCUUGAAUAUCCAGAUGCAAAAGGAAGAUACAAUUGUUCUUCCGACACCAUAAGCCUUGAGAAGUUGUCUGAAUUUCUUGGUGGCAAAUACCCAGAGUUCCCAAUUCCAUCAUCAGAAUCCUUGGGAGAAAUCAAAGGUAUGAAAUGUCCUGGUUUGUCAUCAAAGAAACUGUUGGAAACAGGUUUCGAAUUCAAGAAUGGGGUGGAGGAAAUGUUUGAUGGAGCCAUUCAGUGCUGCAAGGAAAGAGGAUAUCUCUAGUUACCCAAAUUUACCAUCUCUACUAUGCAAAUAAUGGAGGGAUUAAUAUAUUUUGUUCGUGAGUUAGGAUUUUGAUUUCGGGUAUGGGUUUGUGUGUUUAAUAUAUUUAUGUUUAUUUUCUCUAUACUGUAUUCUUAUUUGUUUCCUCAAUUAGUGAAAAACCGAAGUCUAUUUUGUUCGUAAUUUUUAUCCUCUCAAAAGGAAUUUUCUACAUAAA